AGUCGCGCGGUCCGCCCGCAGCUCGGCGGCGCCGCCUCUCCCCGCAGGUCUGCUCCGGCUCCGUCCCCGCUCUGCGCCCCGGGGGCCGCGGCCCGCCGCCCCGGCUGCAUGCCCGCCGCGGUAUCGGCACGGCUGGAUUCGCUGGAGUCCUGGGCCUUUCACGCGCUGCUGGUGCUGCCCUAUAUGUUCUACGUGGGCUUGUUCUUCGUCAACGUGCUGAUCUUGUACUACGCCUUCCUGAUGGAGUACAUCGUCCUCAACGUGGGCAUCGUCUUCCUGCCCGAGGACAUGGACCAGGCGCUGGUGGACCUGGGGGUGCUCUCCGACCCCGGCUCGGCGCCGUACGAGACCGACGGCGAGCUGGACGUAUUUGACACCUACUUGGAGUGACGCCGUACCGGCGCGGCGCCGGGAUGCCCGCGCCGCCUCUCCCCUCUCGGCGCCCCCGGAACGCGCCGCCGCCGCCGGGCUGGGCCGCGGAGGGGCCGCAGAAUAGGUUAAGAAGCUCUUCAAAGUACUUGCUACUCUCACUGUAAGACAACAUCAGCUCCAUGUGUAGAAAUGGCAGUGAUGUCACCAUGCUCAGAGAUUCAUUGAACACCUGAAAUGGAUUAUGACCAGGUUAAUGGAUCAAGUUAUGGAAAGAAACUGUACUCUGAAGUGUAGAGGUGAAAAGAAGGACAAGGGGACAAUGAGAAGAGUUGUUAUCAGACCUUGUCAGCUGUGACUUUUUCCUCAUGACCAUUGCCUCUUGAGUGUGCACUACCUGCUGUGAUUCAUGUACAGUACUGGGCUUCCAUAGGUAAUUCGGGGAUGGACUCUGUGAACAAAUAAUAUAAGCUAUGUUCUCUUACAAAGAAAAUCAACAUAUUACUCAGAUUUGAUAAACUUUUCAAUAAAUACCAUUUCACCUGAAUGGACACACUGUACAUGCUGCUUAAGCAAGUUUUGCAUUCACACAUUGAAAACUCUACCAGCCAAUAGCUCCACAUCUGUGCUUUCUCAGGGGAACACAUCAGGAGUGCCGCAGGGUUCUGUUCAGGGCAGUAUUAUGACAAGAAGUGCACUAGUAAGAGACUUUGUUUAAAUUGCAAGCUUUGAAACAGAUCAGGACUGACUUUUGUUAGGUGGAUUCAUUAUCUAACACAAGAUAAUUUGCAGAUUAAGUUCAUGUUCCUAUGUACAGAUCUGAAAGCAAUACAAUAAAGAUUGACCUUUUCCAUGAAAGAGUAA